AUGGAUGCUAAAGUUCUCUUCUGCAGAUUGCUUUCACUCAGCAUUCUGAUUCAACUCAGCGAAGCUCAAUUGCCCUCGGUCUGGAAGCCCGAUGAUAUCAUUACUUUUUUUUGCUCGCGAUGGUAUCACCAGUCUGUUGUCAAGAACGAUGUCUUGCAUGUUUAUGGCGGAAUACAAACCUUUAAUGUCCCAGACCUCAGCGUGAAGUCGACGAAUAACACGCUUGGACACAAUCCAUUUCUUCUCCAGGUCGAUCUCGCAAACUCAUGGGACUGGCAAAAGAAUAUGUCAUGGCACUCUAUCAAUGUCGCAGAAAACCCUAAAACGGGAGCCCAUGUGCGACACGCUAUGGUAAAUGGCGCCAUGUAUGCUGGGCCUUACAAUUCCACCAACAUCUGGACAUAUGGUGGCACCACGUUCAGAGGAAAUAAGUCAUUCCUUGACUCUGACAAGCCAUAUGCGAAUCAAUACCCACUGUGGUCAUUCGACGAUGAGACGAACAACUGGGAUCAAUUUGAUCUGGGACAACUUACAACACCCAGUCGUGGACUAUCUGCCCAGGCUCCAGACCAAGGCUUAGCGUUCUACCUCAAUGGCCAGAUCGAUAAUGGUACUGAACCGAAUACUUGGGCUGGUGGCGAUUCCAUAUCGCUCCUUGAAGGCAUGAUGGUUAUCGAUCUGGCGCAUCAGACUGCGAGGAACGUUUCUACAUCAAGCCUGAGGACAUCGCAGCCUCGUUCAAGUGGUGCUAUGCAGUAUGUACCAGGCGUUGGCGACAGUGGGGUGCUGGUAGCUUUGGGCGGCAGAAUGUAUGGUGGAAUGCGCACUUUGACCUCGCAAGACAAAGGAAGUCUUUUGACUUUCGAUACGAUUGAUGUAUACGAUAUAGCCUCUUACAGUGUUGACUCUGGUGCCAAUGGCACGUGGCAUCAACAAAGAGCCUCCGGUGACAUACCACCUCCUCGGAUCGAUACUUGUACUGUAGUUGCAUCUGCCCCAGACAACUCAACACACAACAUAUACUUGUAUGGCGGAUGGGUGAGAAUGGUCUUCCUUACAGCUCACAAGGCAUAUGCUGACAUUGGGAAGGAUCCGACUGGCAAUGAGAACAAGUGGUAUGAUGAUAUUUACGUAUUAACCCUUCCAUCUUUUACUUGGAUCAAGAUGUAUCAGGCAGAGUCGCCCAGGUACGGCCAUACUUGCCAUCUAGUAGGUCGCCAAUUACUCACAAUCGGUGGACACAACGUUCGUCGAAAUCAGACCAACAUGUGCGAUUGGGAGACGCAAUCGAUUGCCAUUCUGGACUUGCCUUCAAUGACUUGGGGCAGUGUGUUCAAUGCUACAAACGGAGAGUAUGAGUUGAGUCCUGCUAUUGUUGAAAAAGUAGGCGGGACAUCUCGAGGCGGCGCAGCCAUGAAACAACCGGUCGUAGGUUGGUCAUCACCAAAGCUAGAAAGCAUCAUGAGCAGUACCCGCAUCUAUUCGAACGUGAAUGGUACUAUCGACAUAAUCCGGGCUACACCAACUACCUCUAUUACGAGAACGAAUAAGCGGACUGCCAUUAUUGCAGGUGCGACGGCUACUGCUGUUCUAUUUCUCUUCAUAAACUGUGUAACUUGGAUUCUCUAUCUUCGUCGCAGGCGCCAGAGUAUCGAUGGCCUCACCAAACAGACUAUAGACGAUAGAGACUGGCCCGAAAUUCAAGAAGUGGAAGGAAAGGCCAAGUUCGAGCUUUCACCGGACGAGAAGCGAAUCUAUGAGAUGAAAGGCGAGGACUGGCGACACGAGGCUCCGGAUACACGGGUAAGAGCCGAAGCGGAUCCAGGGAACGCAGUCACGCAUGCUUUUGAGUUGCCAGCGACAAACUUUAGCAAAGACGGCAAGUGGGGCGUGCCUAUUAUAAAAGAGCCAACGCCUUGUUCGUCGAGACGAGCUAGUACUGUAGCUGGUGGGACGGUUGUGUCUAUUGUAGCUCGAAAGGAUAGCUCAGACAUGGCGUGA